AUGGCGACACUUAUGCGAAUCUACACGCCAAAGCGAAUUGGCGGAAAGAAGCAGGCAUCCAGGCACAAAUUUCCUCAAACACUUACCAUCCACAUUCACUUCGGUACUGAUACCUGCGAGAACUUCCUGACUGUCGGACGACCAGUUGCACGCGCUAAACCUUUUAGGAACCGUAUCACGAGGUUGGCGUACAUUGCGUCUUUGAACUCUAUGCAAACGGCCCUGGGGGUUCCCAGCUCAUCAUGCUGCCAUUUGCGGUCACAGUUGACCUCCUUGGCUUUCGGAUGA